AUGCAGUCACGGCUGCAUGUAACAGAGCGAGAGGACCUGUGCUGGCCACUCCCGCUUCCCUUACUUGCUGGUGGCUUUGAGCAGGCUGCCAGAGUCCGAAGGUCCCUCCGUGGGUGCUGGCCUGACUCUGGGGGACAGAGGCCACGCAGGCCACUUCCGGGGCCGCGGCGUCCCAGGGAGGCACCCGUGGGCACGACAUCCACGCAGAGCUGCCCCUUGAAGCCUGCCGCCCCAUGCCCGCCGCCAGGGGUCCUGGGCUCCCCGGGUCACCAGCGUCGCCACGCGCUCCCUGCUAGUGGGUUCCGCUGCCUCACCCCGGAGGACGCCGCCAGCAUGUCUGAGAUCGAGCGUGAGGCCUUCCUCUCGGCCUCGGGCAUCUGCCCCCCGCACCUGGAGGAGACCCGGCGCUUCCUGAUGUGCCCGGAGCUGUCCCUGGGCUGGUUCGAGGCGGGCCACAUCGUGGCCUUCAUCAUCGGCUGGCUCUGGGACAAGGCAAGACCCACUCAGGACUCGCUGGCACUGCACAGGCCUGAGGGCCGCGCCGCCCACCUGCACUUGCUGGCCGGGCACCGCACCUCCCAGGGGCAGGGCAGAGGCCCUGAGCUGCUGUGGCACCACCUGCUCCACCCGGGCAGCCAGCCCGCCGCACACUGGGCGCUCACGUGCCAGGAGGCGCUGGUGCCUCUGCAGAGGUUUGGCCUGGGCCUGUGUGCCGUCACCACGGGCUCCCUCACCUUCACCGAGCUCCACUGCUACCCGCGGGGCCACACCUGCCCGUGCAGGAGCAGCGGCUGCUGAGCACCUGGCUGCUCACCUGGACGCUCGCCCAUCUGGCACCUGCCUCUGUCCCGGCCUCAC